CACCUGCCGACUGAGUGUGUAGGACCGUGAGCGACUUCUGGAGUUUUGCGCUCACGUUGCGAUUGAAAAGCUCCACUCCCCGCAUUCGACAUUGCGACUUGCGCGCUUUGCAGAUAGGAUUACGAAUAGACUGUCGAUAUGGCCCAGCUGCAACCUCACACCGCUGAGGGCUUCUUUGGUAAAGGCGAGGAUAUCCACACCGGACCAGUAGUAACGCAAACCGUUCACCCUAAAGGCUCUGAGGCUACCACGAUCUCUGAAAAUGAGCGUGCCGGCACAGCUCUCCACCCCGUGGGGACUGGCAACGAAGUCCUCGAGAACGAUGCGCAGAGCAAGGGUCGCUGGUUCCAGUACCUCAAGACCAAGCAGUUCUGGCUGACUAUGCUCCUCGGACAAGUCCUUGCCAUCUGCAUAACCAGCACUAACACACUCUCCUCCCUCCUCGCAAACGAAGGCACAUCGAUCCCCGCCUUCCAAUCCUUCUUCAACUACGUCCUCCUGAACCUAGUCUAUACGACCUACACCAUCUACAAAUACGGCUUCAAGCGAUGGAUCCGCCUCGUCAUCUUCGACGGCUGGCGCUUUUUCAUCCUGGCCUUCUUAGACGUCGAGGGUAAUUACUUCGUCGUCCUGGCCUACCGCUACACCACCAUCCUCUCCGCUCAGCUCAUCAACUUCUGGGCUAUCGUCAUCGUGGUCGUUAUCUCGUUCUUUUUCCUGAAGGUCAGAUACCACUACACCCAACUCGCAGGUAUUUUGUUCUGCAUCGGCGGUCUGGGUGUUAUAUUCGGUUCGGACCAGAUUACGGGGAGUAACUCGUUUGGCGCGAGUGACGAGGUCAAGGGCGAUUUGUUCGCUUUACUUGGGGCGACGUUCUACGGUCUGAGUAAUGUGUUUGAGGAGUGGCUCGUUAGCUCGAGGCCGCUGUAUGAGGUUGUCGGCCAGCUGGCGUUUUGGGGCAUGUUUAUCAAUGGUACGCAGGCCGGUAUCUUUGAUCGCACAUCCUUCCGGAAUGCUACGUGGAACAGCAAGGUUGGCGGUUACCUUACGGGGUACACUUUAAUCUUGUCGCUAUUUUACUCGUUGGCGCCGGUGCUGUUCCGUUUGUCGAGCGCAGCGUUCUUCAAUAUCUCGCUCCUGACAGGAAGCUUCUGGGGUGUGGCGAUUGGUGUUAAGGUUCUGGGGCUCAGCAUUCAUUGGAUGUAUCCCAUUGCGUUUGUCCUGAUCAUUCUGGGGCAGGUGCUGUACUUCAUCAGGCAGACUACGUUGUCUGAGGCGUUGAAACCGUGGCUGGGCGCAGAUCAGUCGAAGGGCGUUGCUGGGGUGGGUACAGCGAAGAGGAGGGUUGAGAACCCUGAGGCGAUUGUGUAAGAUGCGAGGUUGGAGGAUGCAAAGCGGGCAUUGGUGAGUUAGCAUAGCGGAUGGAAGUGUAAUGAUUUAUGAGUGACAAGCAUGGCCAUUGUCGUUUCAGACGCCCUUUCUGAAGCAACUUUUGAGAGUUUCCGUUGUU